AAAUUCCUGCGAUAAAAGAUCACUGUUUUGCACAUUAUUUCAAACACAAAAGAAACUUGUUUCGCUUUUGGAAAGACCAGUUCGCUCUGCACUGGCCUUCAUUUCGGGAAUUUCAAGUGGGACUUUGAAAGCUCAAAACGACAUCAACCUCAUCCGUUUUGUAUAGAUAAACGGGAGGAGGUCAACGUUCAGUUGAAUUGAAAGAAGAAGAUGAAGUUGACUCCAAGAGAAGUGGAGAAGCUAGGGCUCCACAACGCUGGUUACCUUGCCCAGAAGCGUCUCGCUCGCGGUCUUCGCCUUAAUUACAUUGAAGCUGUUGCGCUUAUCGCCACUCAGAUUUUGGAGUUUGUUCGUGAUGGUAAUAAGACCGUGGCAGAAUUGAUGGACGUUGGGAAACAACUUCUUGGAAGGAGACAAGUUCUUCCUGCAGUUCCCUACCUUUUAGAUUCUGUACAGGUUGAAGGAACAUUUCCUGAUGGGACAAAGUUGGUCACCAUUCAUGAUGCAAUUGCUAGUGAAAAUGGAAAUCUAGAGCUUGCCUUUCAUGGUUCUUUCCUUCCAGUUCCUUCAUUAGAAUUGUUUUCUGGAAUGGAAGAUAUUGAAAUUCCUGGUCAGAUAAUUUUUCAAAAAAGGGAGAUUGUGCUUAAUCCUCGAAGGAAAGCGGUAAUUCUCAAAGUUGCUAACCAUGGAGACAGGCCAGUUCAGGUUGGCAGCCAUUAUCACUUUAUCGAGGUGAAUCCAUUCCUGGUUUUUGAUAGACGAAAAUCAUAUGGAAUGAGGCUGAAUAUACCUGCGGGGACUGCUACACGAUUUGAGCCAGGAGAAACCAAAAGUGUUGUACUCGUAAGCAUCGGAGGUAAUAGAGUGAUUAGAGGUGGGAAUGGAAUGGCUGAUGGUCCAGUCAAUGAUGCCAGAUGCACCACUGUGAUUGAAGCUGUAAACAGGACUGUAUUCAAGAAUCCAGAGGAAGCAGAUGCUAGGGAAGGUGUCUGUGGAGAAGAUUCUGCUUUUACCACUACAAUGUCUCCUGAGACAUAUGCAAGCAUAUAUGGCCCCAGUAAAGGAGACAAGAUUCGGCUUGGUGAUACUGAUUUGUAUGCUGAAAUUGAGAAAGAUUUUGCUGUUUACGGUGAUGAAAGUGUUUUUGGAGGUGGAAAAGUAAUAAGAGAUGGAAUGGGCCAAUCGAGUGGGCGUUUACCGGCUGACUCCCUGGAUACUGUUAUAACAAAUGCUGUGAUCAUUGAUUAUAGUGGAAUAUACAAAGCGGAUAUUGGUAUCAAAGGUGAUCUUAUUGUGGGGCUUGGAAAAUCAGGCACUCCGGAUGUUAUGGAAGGUGUAAACUUGGAUAUGAUUAUAGGGGUAAACACGGAAGUUAUUGCAGGAGAAGGAAUGAUUGUAACUGCAGGGGCAAUAGACUGUCAUGUGCACUUCAUAUGCCCUCAACUGGUUUAUGAGGCUAUAUCAAGUGGCAUUACAACGUUAGUGGGAGGCGGAACGGGACCUGCUGAUGGUACGCGUGCAACUACUUGUACACCUGCUCCGUCACAUAUCAAAUUAAUGCUGCAAGCUACUGAUGACAUGCCUCUAAAUUUUGGCUUCACAGGAAAAGGAAAUGGCUCAAAACCUGAUGAACUGCAUGAGAUAAUCAAAUCUGGAGCUAUGGGACUGAAGCUGCAUGAGGACUGGGGAACUACUCCUGCUGUAAUAGAUAACUGUUUGGCUGUCGCAGAAGAAUACGACGUUCAGGUUAAUAUCCACACUGACACCUUGAAUGAAUCUGGAUUCGUGGAACAUACAAUUGCUGCUUUCAAAGGAAGAACUAUUCAUACGUACCACAGUGAAGGUGCAGGUGGUGGUCAUGCUCCAGAUAUCAUUAAAGUAUGUGGAGUGAAAAAUGUCCUACCCUCGUCAACAAACCCAACACGACCUUAUACGUCCAAUACUAUAGAUGAGCAUCUUGAUAUGCUGAUGGUUUGCCAUCAUCUUGAUAAGGACAUUCCAGAAGAUGUAGCUUUUGCUGAAUCAAGGAUUAGAGCUGAAACAAUUGCUGCAGAAGACAUAUUGCAUGAUAUGGGAGCGAUUAGCAUCAUAGCAUCUGAUUCACAGGCAAUGGGUCGCAUUGGAGAGGUGAUAAGCAGAACUUGGCAGACUGCCCACAAAAUGAAGACACAAAGGGGUUCCAUUCACCCGAGUGAAGCAGACAAUGACAACCUUCGUAUCAAACGAUAUAUUGCCAAAUACACAAUAAAUCCAGCAAUAGCUAAUGGUUUUUCUCAAUUUGUUGGUUCAAUUGAGGUAGGGAAGUUGGCCGAUCUUGUACUCUGGAAGCCUUCUUUCUUUGCGGCAAAGCCAGAGAUGGUGAUUAAAGGUGGUGUGAUUGCAUGGGCAAAUAUGGGUGAUCCGAAUGCAAGCAUUCCCACACCUGAACCGGUGAUAUCGAGGCCAAUGUUUGGAGCAUUUGGCAAAGCUGGAAGUUCUCACUCCAUUGCUUUUGUCAGCAAGGUUGCUGCGAAUAAUGGGGUUAAGGCGUUGUAUGAACUCAGCAAGAGGGUUGAACCAGUUGGCAAUGUCAGGAAACUCACCAAACUGGACAUGAAGCUCAACGAUGCCCUUCCUGAUAUUCAGGUAGACCCAGAAACAUACACAGUGACUGCUAACGGUGAGUUACUAACCUGCGCCGCAGCCACCACCGUUCCCCUUUCUCGGAAUUACUUCCUCUUUUAGGCAUCACUGCAUCAUGAUCACUACAUUGGACUAUUGGUGUUCUUUCCAAGUUAAUGAGUACUCCUUGUGUCUAGCAGUGGCCUGCCCCUCAUAUCACUUGCACAAGGUGCAACAUUCGUAUCCCGCUUUUUUUAAAAAAAAUAAUAAUUAUUAUAUUAUGAUUUAAAUAAUCCAGAUGCAAUUUCUUGUGAACAUCAGUGGUUUUGACUAUCUUUGGGCACGAAAGGUGCAAUUAUUCAGAACAGUAAUAACUGGAUCAUUGUUGCCUUUUGGAAAUAAUCUCAGGAAAAGGAAAAAAAAAGAGUGGAGAAAUUUUAAAAGUUAGGAAUGUGGGCCCCAUUGCGGAUCUGCAAUGGCAUUCUAUUUGUAUUCUGCACCAUCCAUGGUGUGCCAUGUUCCAUGUCCCACUCCCACCUGCUGUUGUGGUGCUCAAAGACAACUCCUACCUUGUGGUUGUGGAAAGCGAGGCUGGAAGUCUCAAACUGGAUAUUUUGUUAUUUUGUGUUCUUUUGUGUUUAAAUUUGCUUUCUGAGAAACCCAAAUGUGUCGCUGAGUGGUUGCAUCAGCAUCAGUCUGUCAUCAUUAUGACUGGACUAGGAUGUCAACAGAGCAUCUAGAAUUGGACCAAACUGUUUUUCUAUAUGGUUUGGUUUUUUUUA